UAGGAACCGUAUGACAUCUCUCGCUGCUCCCCCAGCAGCUCUCUCGUGAGCAUGCCCAGUGCAAGCCCUGACUUUGGCUCAACUAUCUGCGUGCACUAACGGGCUGCACAUAUGGGAUACGAAUGCGGUUCCUGAUGAGCUCCAACUCUUUGUCUCUGGGAGGAGGAGGAAGAGGCUGUGCCCUGAGCUGGAGGAUCUGCCGUACACCCUCUGAGACCCUCACCCCUCAGUGGGCUCUUGGAGAAUGCUUGCCUGCUUGGCUAGGGGGAAUUUACUGGAUAUUCUGCAGGAGGGCUUCACAGAGCAACAGCUACAGGCAUAUGUGGCCUGGGUAAAUUCCCAGCUGAAGAAGAAGCCAACAAUAAAGCCAGUCCAAGACCUGAGACAAGAUCUCAGAGAUGGAGUCAUCCUUGCCUCACUUAUUGAGAUUGUAGCUGGUGAGAAGCUAAGUGGUGUUCAGGUCAACCCUACCAGUCAGCAGGAGAUGAGGGAAAAUGUGGAGCAAGUCUUACAGUUCGUGGCAUCAAAAAAGAUUCGUAUGCAUCAGACAUCAGCAAAAGAUAUUGUCGACGGUAACUUAAAAUCUAUCAUGAGGCUGAUCCUCGCCUUAGCUGCUCAUUUCAAACCAGGCUCCGGAAGAGCUGUGAAUCACAGCCCUGCUGGCACGACGGGGAAGAGCUCAGCAGCAUCGUUUUCCAGUCACAGGCCCCGCUCAGCUGCUGCAGUGGCCCAGGGGGCGGUGGCUGCUCUGGCAGAUGUUCGCCAAGACGUACUGCAGUCUGGCCGGGAUGUCUUCCGGCACAGACAGAGAAUUCUCCUGGAGAAGCUGCAGCCCUUGGCCUGGACAGGUGUGAUUUUUGCUGGAAACAGCAGUAUGGAUGAGGAGAUUGAAACCCCCUACUGGAGUGUUCGAGCACUGGUGCAGCAGUAUGAAGGGCAGCAUAACAUCCCCUUGGAGCCCCAGUCCUCCAGUCUCACAUCACCCAGUCCUGUCCAUAGCACGAAGAGCGAAUCCACUGUAACCCAGUCAGAGGAGAAAGCAGGAUUUGUGAUUAUCCACACUGAGGAAGCAGAAACUAAAUCAGAGAUAGAAUCUCACUUCCAACCUGAAUGGCAAGCAGGGAACCUAGGGUCAUGUUUGGAGAAUUCAUGGGAGGAGCAGCUAUUGGAACAACAGGAUCAUUUGGAAAAGGAAAUGGAGGAAGCAAAGAAAAUGAUUUCAGGUUUGCAGGCUUUAUUGCUCAAUGGCUCUUUACCUGAGGAUGAGCAGGAAGGGUCCUUUAAACUUUGUGAACAUGGAGCCUGCCCAGAAGAGCAGCUGAUCAUAAUCCGAAGUCGUCUGGACCAGAGUGUGGAAGAAAAUCAAGACCUAAAGAAGGAGCUGUUGAAAUACAAACAAGAAGCUCGAAACUUACAGGGGAUAAAGGAUGCUCUACAGCAGAGGCUGGCUCAACAGGAUGCUUCAGUUCUUCAGCUAAAGCAGGAACUGCUGAGAGCAAACAUGGACAGGGAAGAGUUGCACAAUCAGAAUGUUGAUCUUCAGAGGAAGGUAGAAGAGAGAAACAGGCUGCUGGCAGAAUACAAAAAGGAACUGGGCCAGAAGGACCGACAUUUACAGCAGCAUCAAACCAAACUGGAUGAAAUGCUUAGGCAACUUUCUGAGGCCAGUUACCAGCAGGUGUGGAGCCAGGUGGAUUUGGAGCGGGAGCUGGAACACAAAGAGGCUCUGCUAGCUCACUGCAUGAAGAGAGAAGCUGAAGAGGUGAUGGCAUAUAGCAGUCACAAUGCUCAGAGCAAUGGCUUCCUCCAGACAGCAGGAAAAGGUGCUGCUCCCACAGCCCACCGAGGGACAAAUGACUUGCAGCUCGUUCGUGAUGCACUUCGUAGCCUGAGGAACAGUUUCAGUGGCCACGAUCCACAGCACCACACUAUUGACAGCCUGGAGCAGGGCAUAUCGAGUCUGAUGGAACGGUUACACCGCAUGGAGACACAGAAGAGGCAAGAGAGAAGGAUCCGGGGGAAGUCGCCGGCAAGCAGAGCAAAUGAGUGUAGAGACUCCUGGCCUCCAAACUCCAAACUGCCUCAUUCUCACAGCACACCUGUGAUGAGUACCAGUGCCUGCACCAAAGUGUUGUACUUCACUGACCGCUCCCUCACACCUUUCAUGGUCAACAUACCAAAGAGGCUAGGGGAAGUGACUCUGAAGGAUUUUAAGGUAGCUAUUGAUCGUGAAGGAACCCACCGGUACCACUUCAAAGCCCUGGAUCCGGAGUUUGGCACAGUCAAAGAGGAGGUAUUCCAUGAUGAUGACAUCAUUCCUGGAUGGGAGGGGAAAAUUGUGGCCUGGGUGGAAGAAGACCAUGGGGAGAAUUAAUCAAGCUUUUAGGUCUUGUCACUAUGGAAACCUGUGACUGGCUGCUGAGCUCAGAGAGUGACCAAAAAGCAUGUGUGCUGGAAGGAGUCCAACGCAAGCUGCCAAGAGAAAGGGCUUCUCUGCAAACAGCGGGUAAUGCACGUUGUGUGCACGGACGGCUGGCGUGGACACCUGGCUUUCUGUGGCCAAAUACAGACAGCGUUGUGGGACUGAAACAGCUAUCUGUGGGAAAGAAACACCUUGCUUUUUCCUGUCAACUAAACCCUAACAGCCUUAAUGAUGCAUUUUUCCUUUCCCUUGCUUCUCAAUUCCUGCUGUAUGUGCUGCAGUCUGUGAGCUGGGCAUCUCAACUCUGGUUUGUUGUACACAGUACUGCAUAAAUCUACUCUGAGGGCAAAAAUGUGAAGCUUUGCCUUUGUGAGUCUGAAGAAACAGCUAGAUUGUGCAAGCAGAAGGUUUGACCAGCUUUGGUCUUGACCUUGCAUGUGUUGCAGGAGCAGAGUGAACUUUGUGGACAGUCAGACUGAGCAGACCUGGGGAAGGAAGACAGUCUUCUGGAGGUUUUAUGCAUCAUCUGAAGCAAAGAUCACCAGCUUGGCAAAGCUCCCUUUCUGCCAAAUUCAGGCUUCUGGUUCCUAGCCUUGCUUCUCCCAUUUGUCCUCCAAAGAUGUACUUCCAAGACCCUCUGGGUUUGUUUUGUUGCCAUGGGGACUGUGGGAUCUUGGUACUUAACUUUUCUGGUGAAAGUUUUCGUUUUUGGAUCAGCUGCUUCCCCAAGGUACUCUUAGCCCCUCCCCCUUCCUUGUUAAACCCCUCUCUGCACUCCUGCUGCCUCCUCUGUUAUCAUAGCAACUGAUUGUCACCUCCUGUGCACAGGCAUCACUAUGCUACUGUCUGCUGGUUGCUAGAGCCACCAAACAUCAAUACUCUUAUAAUAAGUCCUGUCAGUAGCACCAUUUCCUUGCUAUGCCUAUUGCUGGGCUUUCUGGAGGAGCAAGGAAUUGAACAGUUGAUUGAGAGGGUCUGAGCCCUGAGAUCCCUGAGGCUCUGUGGGGUUUGUUUUGCUUUUUGUUCAUUCUGUUUUUCCCCUGCUUUGCCUGCCUCUGUCCUCCUGCUGCCUGUCAGCUGUACUUGCACAGCACUGGCUCUGGUCUGCAGCAGACACUGUUGAUUUAAAAGUUCAAAAGGCAAGUCAAGGCUCUGCUCAUUCUCAGUCCAUGUGGCCCUUUCAUGGGCUGCCUGCAUGUCUGUACCGUGCAUGAGGCUAGGAGGGGGUGAACCUGGUUUUACUGUUUUAUAUUAACGUGUCCUUUUGUAAAUAUGUUACUGUUCGGAAUUAUUUUGUACCAGUUUACAUUGUCUGAGGACUGUGGAUAUUUUUAUACCAGUGCAAGUGCUUUCUGUAUAUUUCUGCACGCAUUAUACGGUGUUUUACUCUCUAGUGGAUGCUGAGAUGUUUUGUAUGGUCUUCUGUUCACACAACACUGGGUUUGACUUUAUUUUACUUUGGAGAUCCAACUAGUUCCUAUUGGAUUUUAUGUUUUGCCAGCUUAUGCAGGCAGUAAGAACGCUAUUUCUUCUUUCACUGCUUCACUGUCCAGGAAAGAGCUCAAGGAUUUUACAAGGCCCUGUGCCAGUCUGGCACAAGAUGGCACGCCUGCUGCACUGUAUGAUUUGUUGUGUGACUUUUUCUUUACAGACAGAGGCUAAUAUCAGUAGGAGAGCUCAUCAGUGGGCAAGUUCAUCGGUGGGUGCAGGGCAGGGGAACCCAUCUCGCUUGGAAAAGAAGGAUUUGCUUCCUCCCUGGAAACAGUUUUCUGUUGCAUGAUCUUUAGUGGGUUGAUAAGGACAGUGUGGGGUUGUUAUAUUGGAACCAAUUGUAUUUCAAUUGCAGGCUUUUUUUCUCAA